CUUUCUCUCUCUAAAAUCUCUCUCUCUCUCUCUUACGCAGUGGUUUCCUAUGACGCGUUAAUGGAGGGAGUCGACCUGCCCCACCCACUACCGCGCACACGUCCGAGCCCUGGUUCGAGCUAGGCACGAGCCUUAUGGACCCAGCAAUGAUCCCACUUCCCUUUCAAGCAAAGGUUUCACCGCUGUUCAUUAAUGGAUAUAUAACUCCAUCAGAGUCGUUCGUUUUUUAGGGUUUUAUUUUCUAUCUCCUAAAUUGCUUCCCUCUCGUUCAUUUUUUAGGGUUUUGUUUUCUAUCUCGUAACUUGCUUCCCCCUCUCUCUCUUCUUCCUCUGAAUUGGAGUUUCUUCUUUGACCUCUUUUUCUGCUUUUUUUUUUUUUUCUGGUUUGGAUCGAUUUCUUCUUCCUAAUUGGUUUUUGUUUCUCCUCUCUCUGGUUUUGGGUUUCGGGGUUUUCUUCUGCGUAUGAAUUAGGGUUUUCUCUCUCUGGAUCGAUAAUUCAAUUUUUGGGUACUGAGUUCCUUUUUUUCUCAGAGAGAAGCUCCUUCUCCUUGGGUUUCUUGCGUCCUGGAAAUCUUAUAUUUCAUAUCUGAAUCAGGCCCUGAAUUAGGAUUUCCUGGCUCAAUUGGACUAGGCCUUCUUUGGUUGUCUGAAUAUGGUUCAUGGUGAUAUAGAGAGUCGAGGGAGGAACCCUUCUUCCCCUAAAGACACAGGGAAUUUCUCCACUGGUGUGUACUAUGAGACCUCAACUGAGAGGCAUUGGACUUCAUGGCUGGUUCCCAUGUUUGUUGUGGCCAAUGUUGCAGUGUUCUUGGUGGUGAUGUAUAUAAACGAUUGCCCUAAAAAAGGCCAGUGUGUUGCGAGGUUUCUCGGGAGAUUUUCUUUUCAGCCUAUCAACGAAAACCCCCUUCUAGGCCCUUCUUCUGCGACUUUGACGAAACUUGGAGCCCUUGAAUGGGACAAAGUUGUUCAUCGACACCAGGGAUGGAGGUUAAUCACUUGUAUCUGGUUACAUGCUGGUGUAAUUCAUCUGCUUGCGAACAUGUUGAGCCUUGUUUUCAUAGGAAUCCGUCUUGAGCAGCAAUUCGGGUUUGUGCGCAUUGGUGUCAUCUACCUUCUAUCUGGAUUUGGCGGUAGUAUUCUCUCUUCUCUUUUCAUUCAGAACAACAUAUCGGUGGGUGCCUCUGGUGCUUUAUUUGGACUUUUGGGAGCAAUGCUUUCAGAGCUCCUAACAAACUGGACCAUCUACUCGAACAAGUUAGCAGCUCUAGUGACACUUAUAAUGAUAGUUGCUAUCAACUUGGCUGUUGGGAUAUUGCCCCAUGUAGACAAUUUUGCCCAUAUUGGAGGGUUUUUAUCGGGGUUUCUCCUUGGCUUCAUUUUGUUGAUUAGACCUCAAUUUGGUUGGAUUGAUCGCAACAAUCUUCCAUCAUCAUAUGCUGGCCGGAUCAAUUCUAAGCAUCUGCCGUACCAAUACGUGUUAUGGGUGAUUGCCUUGGUCUUAUUAAUUGUUGGUUACACGGUAAGCCUGGUUAUGCUCUUCCGGGGAGAGAAUGGGAAUAAACACUGCCAUUGGUGCCAUUACCUGAGCUGUGUUCCCACAUCGAGUUGGAGUUGUGGAAAUUAAGUUUCAAGGUAUCAAGGAAUUCUCCUCUGAACAAGGAUUUGUUGGAUUUUCCUGUUCAUUAUACCGAACACGGAAAUGAAAAUAAAUUCUUGGAUUUGUGGCCGAUUUUCUUCUAGUAUGGAUUUUCUCUUUCUAAUUUCCUGUACAGUGUGAGAAACCAGUUGGCUUUUGUAUUAUAGGUCUAUAUAUUUCUAAAGAGAUGAUAAACCACCAUUUGCUCAUUCAUGUUCUUUUAUUCAAAUUGAACCGAUUCCUUUCAUUGUAUUUUAUAUAGCAUACAGUGCCUUAAAAGUUUAUCAGAUGAAUUUGGGACUUGAUUGUGGUUGGGUUCCCCAUUUGCUACCACCGUUGUAUUUCUGCAUUUUUAUAUAGCAUAAAUUUACAGGUAAAGGAACUCCCUGUUAAAA